AUGAACAAUGAACAGUUUAGACGAUUGGUCAGUGCUAACCUUGGCGUCUCGCAAAAUGAAGCACCUAGAUCUACCAAACCAAACAGCGCUCCACGGAUGCUUCUUGGGGCAAGGCCGAAAUCCUCGGUGCGGACAGGUCGAUCUUACGGCGCAGAACUUUUCAAGAAGACAAGUGGCGAAAAGGAGCUGAAUAAGACGAAGUCCUCCAUACCAAAGGGCACAAAGCUAGCUGCCGGCUAUGUAGAUCGCACGCAGCAGAGGCGAGAGAAUGAAGAGGAAGACGAGACAGCACAGAAGCUCAAGGCUUUAGAGGAACGGAUGAAGAAUGGAGAGAUCGAUGAGGAGACUUUCGAGCGAAUGAGAGAUGAAAUUACUGGCGGUGAUAUAUCGCGGACGCAUUUGGUUAAAGGUUUGGAUAGGAAGCUACUGGAAAGAGUUCGGAGAGGUGAGAAUGUACUUGCGCUCCAGGAUAAGAACGGUACCAGUGAAGAAAACCAUGUGGGAGACGAGGAUGCUGCAUUUGAAGAGCUGGAGAAGCAUGAAGUCGUCGCCACAGUGAGAGAAGAUCGCGUCAAACAAGGCGAAAAGGCGAAGAUAAUUCCUGCGUCAAUCGCCGGACAAAAGCGAACACGAGAUGAGAUUUUGGCAGAUUUGAAAGCUCAACGAGAAGCAGCCAAAGCAGCUGCACGGCCUCAAUUGGGUUCGGGUUUCAAGAAGAUACGCAAGAGCGAUGGUCCAAAAAUAGAGAUUGACGAAAAAGGCAGAGAAGUGCUUAUCACAACAGACGAGCAUGGUAAUGUUAAGCGCAAGAUCAAGAAAUUCAAGCCCAGUCCUUCCCAGGAGACGAGGGAGUCUCCGGUUAACAAGGAGCAGCCGCUUGGUGCAGAUGUUAACAUUCCUAUGUUCGAGCCGAAGAUGGAAGAAGAGAGCGAUGAAGACAUCUUCGAAAAUGCAGGACACGACUUCAAUCCCCUUGCAGAUCUUAACGACAGUGACGCAUCGGAGAAUGAGGCUACAACGACACAUAAAAAUGAUCAUCAAGAUGAGGCUUCGAACUCUGGAUCAGAAGCCGAGACGAAGGGGGGCCCCCAUACGGAACACAUGGUGUCCUCAUCAACUGGAACAAAGAACUAUUUCAAUGACGACCCGUCCUCUUUUUCCGUCCUCAGCACGAUCAAAAACAAUCUCUCGGAUCCUUCUGUUAUUGCUGCGCUUGCCAAGUCGCAACGCGCACAGAAUGUAGCGGCAGAAGACUCCCAAGCCCUUACUGCCGAAGACGAAGCACGACGCAAACGACGCGAGGCCAUGCUUGCAAGUCAAGAUCGUGAUAUGGAAGACAUGGAUAUGGGUUUCGGUGGCAGUAGAUUCGAGGAUGCUGAAGACAUGGCGAUAGAUGGGGAGAAGGUCAAAUUCAGCAAGUGGAAGGGGCUAGGUGGGGAAGACUCCGAUGAUUAUGAAGGUGGAAGAGGGCGAGGAGGGAGCAAAAGGAAGAGAGGCCCGAAGAAAAGAAAGGGUGAUAAGAACAGUAUGGCGGACGUGAUGAGGGUCAUGGAAAACCAGCGGAAGGGUUGA